AUGGCAAACCCUAAUCGACAUAUCAGAUUCACUGAAUCUUUCCAAGGUGAUCAAUCUCGAGUCCACUAUAUACUCCCGUCCUUGGACAAUCGUCACUUUACUGGUCGUGAGACCACACUAUAUGACCUCCAGCAAAAGCUAUUCUUCCAAGCAAACACCAAUAAACUAGCUCUAUUCGGACUAGGUGGCAUUGGCAAAACCCAAGUUGCUCUUCAGCUUGCCCGCUGGGUUCAAUCGCAUAUGCCAGACUGUUCUAUCUUUUGGGCUCUUGCCGUUAGCCUCGAGAGUUUUGAGCAGUCCUGUUGGCAAAUCGUGAAAGAGCUCCAAAUCUAUAAGAAUUCAGACGAUGAAAGUGCGAUGGAAUUAGUACGCCGACAGUUAAGCUCUGCUGAAGCCGGAAAGUGGCUUUUCAUUGUCGAUAAUGCCGAUGAUGUGGACUUGCUUUUCGAUGAGCUAAAUCAGUAUCUCCCUUCUAGUAAGGAAGGGGUAACUUUGCUCACUACUCGUUCUCGCGAGGUGGCGGUGUCUUUCGCAGAAAAGGAUAUUGUUGAACUCCAAAAGAUGACAACAGAGGAAGGGAUUGCGUUUCUUGCUAAGAUUAUUGGAGAAGAUUCACUACAUGGCCAAGAAUCCACUAUACAACUACUAGAGGAGCUAAACUUGCUUCCUCUCGCUAUUGCACAAGCAGCUCACUAUAUUUCUCGGAAUAAUGGAACGACCACAUGGUACCUCGAACUUAUACAUAAAACCGAAAAAGACCGGAUGCGUCUAGCAAGCAGGGAGUUUCACGAUAGCACUCGCUACCGUAAAAUGCCUAACGCGCUGACUACUACCUGGCUUAUUUCCUUUAAUCAGAUCAGGGGUUCCGAUCCCUCGGCGGCUGAUUUAUUGGAAUUCAUGUCUUACCUUGAGCCAAAGGCAAUUCCGCGAUCCCUUCUCCCUACCCUUGAUUCGGAGGAAGAGAUGGAGUUUGCAAUUGGUACAUUGUGUAGUUAUGGAUUUCUGACCAAGAGACACGACAAAGAUAUGUUCGAUAUACACAACCUCGUACAACUAUCAACACGAGUAUGGAUAGCAGGGGAACGUAAGACACAACAGAUCAUCGCGACUGUGACGCAGCAUCUGGACAAGUGUUUUCCAUCUUCUGAACACACAAACCGUGAGACAUGGAGGAUGUUCCUUCCGCAUGCCCGUGAAAUUCUUAGGAGAGAGGAAAACCAAGACUUGAGUGAGAGGUAUAGCUUACUUUCCAAGGUUGGAAAUUGCGUCCUAGAGGAUGGCCGAGCAAAGGAAGCUGUUAUUGCUUUUGGAGAUGUAUGUGUAUGGAUUGAAAGCAACUAUUAUGAAGGGCACCCCUCUCGACUGGCGUCUCAGCAUGAUCUUGCAACAGCGUACCAAUAUAACGGGCAGAUCAAGCAAGCCGUAGUGCUACUUGAACACGUGGUCGCGGUGCGAAAGAAAACGCUUGAUGAAGAACAUCCUAAUCGACUAUCGUCUCAGCACGAACUUGCGCGGGCGUAUCAAUCCAACGGGCGGAUCAAGCAGGCAGCGCAGCUACUUGAGCAUGUUGUUAUGGUAGAAGGGAGAACACUCGAUGAAGAACACCCCGAGCGACUGACGUCUCAGCAAGUGCUCGCAAUAGUAUAUCAAUCUUGUGGGCACACCAAACAGGCUGAGCAGCUACUUGAGCACGUAGUCGCAGUGCGACGAAGAACGCUUGACGAAGAACAUCCUGAUCUACUGGUAUCUCAGCGCGAACUUGCGCGGAUAUAUCAAUCCAACGGGCAGAUCAAACAGGCUGAGCAGCUACUUGAGCACGUGGUCGCAGUGCGACGAAGAACGCAUGACGAAGAACACCCUGAUCUACUGGCAUCACAGAAAGCACUCCAAGACGUGAAGCACUUGAUUGGAGUUAAGACCAUCGAGAACAAGCUUUUAUGA